AUGCUUCUAGAGUUUGCUAUCGAGGAAGCAAAGCUGAAGAAGAAGGACCUGGCCAUCUGCUGGCUGGACCUGGCCAACGCUUUUGACUCGCCCUUCCUGAUGACUUGCUCCACCCACCAGAGCCUACCAAUCCCACCUGUCCUCCACGACAUCCUAUCGAACAUCUACCAGGAAAACACGUCCCAAUUCGUCGUCAGCAAGGCGCUAUUUCUGGUCAAGCCCAUAUCAGGCGUCCACCAAGUAGAUAACCUAAACUCAAUCAUCUUUAAUCUCGCCGCCAAGCCACUCAUCCGAAGCCCUUAA